AUGGCAGACUCGCAACCAGAGAUGACGACCGAAGCCGCUGUCAUUCCUUCGACUCCUCCACCACCAAGUCGCACACGUUCUGCAGACAGCUUGAGCAAGUCCGCCUACAGUUCCCCCCCAGCCAUGUCUGCGAGCAUGACUCCUCCGCCCUCGACACAACCACCUCGAUUCCAGUCACCGGUGAGCCGCGUCAGUGUCGGUCCCAGCAAUGUCUUACUUGCGUCGCCCCCAACCACUGUCAGAGCAAACGUUCUACAUGCCCUGCCGACUCCCGAUGCCAUCGCUAAAGCCGAUAUUGAGGAAUUGAGAAACAUGGCACAAGAGCUUGUCGCAGCAGUUCAGGAAGCUAGGACGUCCGCGGCGCAUUUUAAGUUGCAGCACAGUCUGUUGGCCAUGGAAUCCGAUGAAGCCGCGCAGCGCGCCGAGGUUGAACAUCAGAUGACCCGCAGAGAGGUUGAAGUCCUUCAAGCAGCCGAAUACCGCAAGCGUACUUCAGUCUCGCUGCAUCAUCCGAGAUCAGAACCGUCCUUACAGCCACAGAUCGAAGCAUUGACCAGAACCUGUCAGGCAUUGGAGGACGAGCGCAAUGAGACAGAGGAGCAGCUAUUGCGAACAAGAAAGUUGCUAGAGGUAGAGAAAGACAAAUGUGAGCUGUUGCAAGAGGAGAACGACCGACUCAAGAAACGCAUCCGCGACAACAGAGAGCAUUUCAGUCGCCUAAAAAGUCUGUCGCCUUCGUAUACUACACCUCGCGACAUUUUCACAACGCCUCAACGGAAAGCCGUGCCACGAUUCCACGAGUCCGCACCCAACCAUGCCAACAUCGCUGCUCUCCUCGCUGCAGACCAGGUUCUAAGUCAAGAGAGCGCCAGCGUUCCGUCUACCCCGACUAAAACCCAUGCGUCCAAGUUUAAGCAUGGACACACUCGUGGCGCACACUCACUCUCGUCCUUACUCACCACAUCUGCUCAUAGGCGGCCUGUCGCGCAUGAGGACUAUCCAGAGACAAUGGUACCACUUUCUGCCCCAGCCACCCGCUUCACUAGAGAGUCAGCAGAAAGAGAACGCCAUGAUCGGGACAGCACCAUAUCCAUCUCCGAUGCUGAAGAUGGCAGCGAUGACAAUAUCCCCCAAUCGCAGGCCAGUUCUUUGGCCAGUGAGAUGCUACGCAGAAACCCGGGAAAUCAAGAGAGCUUGAGACUGUCACAGAACGCAGAGCGUUCAAGCAACCUACUUCAGACCAAAUUGUUCGGCCCUAUCAAAAAGUCUAGCCACUUGAGAAAGCGAGGGGCAAGCUUUGGAGAGUCCGAUAUCACAGCCAAAAAGGCAAAGAUUUCCCAAGGCGUCGGUUUAGGCAUUGAAUCUUGGAGCCAAUGA